AUGGCCGGACUCAACCACGGCCCGGCACGAACACAGCUAUUCCGAUUCUAUCCAGCUUCGUUCGAAGAGGCUGUUCGCAUCGCCCUAGCUGAGUCGUACGCCUCAGCCCUAGCGCACAAUCGUGCCGAUCCAUCGGAUAUGGAUAUCUCAGCAUCAUCCCAUACCAACGACGGCAAGUUUAGUAACUGCGGCCGCAAGGGUCACUUUUGGCGUGAGUGCCGCGCCCCUCGACGCACGAUCACUUCCUCUACACAAGACGCGCGAUCCGACUCAACUGAUCGCUGCCCACGCAAUCGGAAACACUCUUACGGUGGGCGUCCCCCAAGACGAUCCACCGGGCCACCUGGUCGACCUGACCACUAG